AUGAGAAGUGACUGUAUAGUUCCCUUAAGGAAAAACACCUUCAGCCUGACGGUCUUCUCUGAGAGAGCUUUCCCAUGUCUGGAACACACGUGGAGCUGCUGUUUACCUUCACCAAUAACCUAAAGACAUGGCCAACGGACAGUCAGGUGUGUCAACACCAUCCCUCAGCUGUGUAGACCUGCUUUCCAUGCUGUCUGCUAUACAGUCAGGUGUGUCAACACCAUCCCUCAGCUGUGUAGACCUGCUUUCCAUGCUGUCUGCUAUACAGUCUUUUUCUGUCAUGCUGUUUGGUUGCUUUUUGUGUUGUUGCUUUCUGUCUGUCUGUGUUACUGGUCAUAUGUUGGUCUGUCUGUGUUACUGGUUAUAUGUUGCUCUGUCUGUGUUACUGGUUAUAUGUUGCGCUGUCUGUGUUACUGGUUAUAUGUUGCUCUGUCUGUGUCUCUGUCUGUCUGUGUUACUGGUCAUAUGUUGGUCUGUCUGUGUUACUGGUCAUAUGUUGGUCUGUCUGUGUUACUGGUCAUAUGUUGGUCUGUCUGUGUUACUGGUCAUAUGUUGCUCUGUCUGUGUUACUGGUCAUAUGUUGCUCUGUCUGUGUUACUGGUUAUAUGUUGCUCUGUCUGUGUCUCUGUCUGUCUGUGUUACUGGUUAUAUGUUGCUCUGUCUGUGUUACUGGUUAUAUGUUGCUCUGUCUGUGUCUCUGUCUGUCUGUGUUACUGGUUAUAUGUUGCUCUGUCUGUGUUACUGGUCAUAUGUUGCUCUGUCUGAGUUACUGGUCAUAUGUUGCUCUGUCUGAGUUACUGGUCAUAUGUUGCUCUGUCUGUGUUACUGGUCAUAUGUUGCUCUGUCUGUUACUGGUUAUAUGUUGCUCUGUCUGUUACUGGUUAUAUGUUGCUCUGUCUGUUACUGGUCAUAUGUUGCUCUGUCUGUUACUGGUCAUAUGUUGCUCUGUCUGUUACUGGUUAUAUGUUGCUCUGUCUGUGUUACUGGUUAUAUGUUGCUCUGUCUGUGUUACUGGUUAUAUGUUGCUCUGUCUGUUACUGGUUAUAUGUUGCUCUGUCUGUGUCUCUGUCUGUCUGUGUUACUGGUUAUAUGUUGCUCUGUCUGUGUUACUGGUCAUAUGUUGCUCUGUCUGAGUUACUGGUCAUAUGUUGCUCUGUCUGAGUUACUGGUCAUAUGUUGCUCUGUCUGUGUUACUGGUCAUAUGUUGCUCUGUCUGUUACUGGUUAUAUGUUGCUCUGUCUGUUACUGGUUAUAUGUUGCUCUGUCUGUUACUGGUCAUAUGUUGCUCUGUCUGUUACUGGUCAUAUGUUGCUCUGUCUGUUACUGGUUAUAUGUUGCUCUGUCUGUGUUACUGGUUAUAUGUUGCUCUGUCUGUGUUACUGGUUAUAUGUUGCUCUGUCUGUUACUGGUUAUAUGUUGCUCUGUCUGUGUCUCUGUCUGUCUGUGUUACUGGUUAUAUGUUGCUCUGUCUGUGUUACUGGUUAUAUGUUGCUCUGUCUGUGUUACUGGUUAUAUGUUGCUCUGUCUGUGUUACUGGUUAUAUGUUGCUCUGUCUGUGUCUCUGUCUGUCUGUGUUACUGGUCAUAUGUUGGUCUGUCUGUGUUACUGGUCAUAUGUUGGUCUGUCUGUGUUACUGGUCAUAUGUUGGUCUGUCUGUGUUACUGGUCAUAUGUUGCUCUGUCUGUGUUACUGGUCAUAUGUUGCUCUGUCUGUGUUACUGGUUAUAUGUUGCUCUGUCUGUGUCUCUGUCUGUCUGUGUUACUGGUUAUAUGUUGCUCUGUCUGUGUUACUGGUUAUAUGUUGCUCUGUCUGUGUCUCUGUCUGUCUGUGUUACUGGUUAUAUGUUGCUCUGUCUGUGUUACUGGUCAUAUGUUGCUCUGUCUGAGUUACUGGUCAUAUGUUGCUCUGUCUGUGUUACUGGUCAUAUGUUGCUCUGUCUGUUACUGGUUAUAUGUUGCUCUGUCUGUGUUACUGGUUAUAUGUUGCUCUGUCUGCGUUACUGGUUAUAUGUUGCUCUGUCUGUUACUGGUUAUAUGUUGCUCUGUCUGUGUCUCUGUCUGUCUGUGUUACUGGUUAUAUGUUGCUCUGUCUGUGUUACUGGUUAUAUGUUGCUCUGUCUGUGUUACUGGUUAUAUGUUGCUCUGUCUGUGUUACUGGUCAUAUGUUGCUCUGUCUGUGUUACUGGUUAUAUGUUGCUCUGUCUGUGUUACUGGUUAUAUGUUGCUCUGUCUGUGUUACUGGUCAUAUGUUGCUCUGUCUGUGUUACUGGUUAUAUGUUGCUCUGUCUGUGUCUCUGUCUGUCUGUGUUACUGGUCAUAUGUUGCUCUGUCUGUGUCUCUGUCUGUCUGUGUUACUGGUUAUAUGUUGUUCUGUCUGUGCUUAUUGUCUGUCUGUGUUACUGGUCAUAUGUUGCGCUGCUUAUUGUCUGUCUGUCUGUGUUACUGGUUAUAUGUUGCUCUGUCUGUGCUUAUUGUCUGUCUGUGUUACUGGUUAUAUGUUGCGCUGCUUAUUGUCUGUCUGUGUUACUGGUUAUAUGUUGCUCUGUCUGUGAUUAUUGUCUGUCUGUGUUACUGGUUAUAUGUUGCUCUGUCUGUGCUUAUUGUCUGUCUGUGUUACUGGUCAUAUGUUGCUCUGUCUGUGUUACUGGUCAUAUGUUGCGCUGCUUAUUGUCUGUCUGUGUUGUUAUUGGAUUUGUUUUUCCCAGGUACUCUGGUCGAAAAUGAUCCAGCUGGCUAAAACCAUCACCUUUACAGAAAUGUUGAUAAAUGUGUACUGUUCCUGUAAAAAAAUAAAACUUAAGAAUAAUAAUUAAAAAGAUUGGGUAAUGUAUAGAAUAUCAAGGUCCAGAGUGUAUAACUGGGUAAUGUACAUGUUGAGGCCCAGAGUGUAUAACUGGGUAAUGUACAUGUUGAGGUCCAGAGUGUAUAACUGGGUAAUGUACAUGUUGAGGUCCAGAGUGUAUAACUGGGUAAUGUACAUGUUGAGGCCCAGAGUGUAUAACUGGGUAAUGUACAUGUUGAGGCCCAGAGUGUAUAACUGGGUAAUGUACAUGUUGAGGCCCAGAGUGUAUAACUGGGUAAUGUACAUGUUGAGGUCCAGAGUGUAUAACUGGGUAAUGUACAUGUUGAGGCCCAGAGUGUAUAACUGGGUAAUGUACAUGUUGAGGCCCAGAGUGUAUAACUGGGUAAUGUACAUGUUGAGGUCCAGAGUGUAUAACUGGGUAAUGUACAUGUUGAGGUGUUAGCAUCUUUCACAUUUCACAGGUGUUAGCAUCUGUCACAUUUCACAGGUGUUAGCAUCUGUCACAUUUCACAGGUGUUAGCAUCUGUCACAUUUCACAGGUGUUAGCAUCUUUCACAUUUCACAGGUGUUAGCAUCUGUCACAUUUCACAGGUGUUAGCAUCUGUCACAUUUCACAGGUGUUAGCAUCUUUCACAUUUCACAGGUGUUAGCAUCUGUCACAUUUCACAGGUGUUAGCAUCUGUCACAUUUCACAGGUGUUAGCAUCUGUCACAUUUCACAGGUGUUAGCAUCUUUCACAUUUCACAGGUGUUAGCAUCUGUCACAUUUCACAGGUGUUAGCAUCUGUCACAUUUCACAGGUGUUAGCAUCUGUCACAUUUCACAGGUGUUAGCAUCUGUCACAUUUCACAGGUGUUAGCAUCUGUCACAUUUCCCAAGAGGAGGGGACAUUUGGUCCAUAUUCUUGCCUGUAACUUGGAAAGAGAGGGUGGAGCUUUUCGUUCCGGUUCAUUCUAUCUCUUCUCUUAAAGCCCAUGCAGUUGUUGAAAGUGUAUUUUUAAAUCAUCAUCAUUGUACGGCUAAUAAAUCACUGUUUAUUUCAUGAAAAUAA